AUGCCUUCAAUAAAUGAUGCAGUCAUUUUAUCAACUACUGAUAUAUCAUUAAGUGUAAAAAUGCCCAAUCAGCAUUGUAAUGGGGAUCAUCAAUCAACAACUCCUCAAGGUAUUCUCGAGCGGCAAGCAGAGAAAUGGCAAGUUUCACUAACAAGUAAAGCAUUCGCUCAUAAACUUGAUGAAACUGAUCCGUUAAAACAUAUGCGAGAUGAAUUUGUGAUUCCAACAAUCGGCGAUCUCCCAAAUGCGGAUGCAACACGAUUCGAUUCGAAUAGUGAAUCAAUCUAUUUAUGUGGUCAUUCAUUAGGUUUACUACCUAAACGAGUGCGAACAGCGGUCGGUGUAUGGCUUGAAGACUGGGCAAAACUAGGAGUUCAUGGACACGUUCACGGUAGAAGUCCAUUUGCAAAGUGUGAUUAUCCAUGUAUUCCAACACUGAAGAAACUGCUUGGCGCACAAGAUCAUGAAGUGAUGGUGAUGAAUCAACUAACAUCAAAUCUUCAUCUUAUGAUGAUCUCAUUCUAUCGACCGACAAAAGAACGUUUUAAAAUUCUAUACGAAGAACGAGCAUUUCCCAGCGAUGAAUAUGCGCUUCAUUCACAACUGCGUUUUCACGGAUAUGAUCCAAAUAUAGCAUCGAUUAAAGUCUCGCCGAGAAAAAAUGAAACUUAUGUGAGAACGGAAGAUAUACUCGAUAUCUUAGAGAAACAAGGUCAAUCUAUCGCACUGGUAUUCUUCAGUGGUGUACAAUAUUACACGGGUCAAUUAUUUGACAUGAAAACUAUAACACGUGCCGGUCAAAAACAGGGAUGUGUGGUUGGUUGGGAUUUAGCUCAUGCACUUGGCAAUGUUCCGCUGCAUCUGCAUGAUUGGAAUGUUGACUUUGGCGUCUUUUGUUCGUAUAAAUAUUUGAACGCUGGUGCUGGUGGCAUUGGUGGCAUCUUUGUUCAUUCGAAUCAAUUUGAUAAAGAUUACCCACGUUUUGAUGGAUGGUGGGGUAAUCGAUACGAUACACGAUUUGAGAUGAGAACCGAUAUCGAUCGAGAUAUCGGUGCUGAUGGCUUUCGAAUGAGUAAUCCAUCAAUUCAUCAAUGUACCGCAUUGACUGCAAGUCUAGAAGCUUUCGAAGAGAGUGGUAUAGAAAAGAUCCGAGCGAAGUCGAAAUUACUCACUCAAUACAUGCAAUAUCUGAUUGAAACUGAAAUUAAUCAACCAUCAAGUAAAUAUCAAAUCAAAUUUCUAACUCCAUCAGAUCCCGAGCAAAGAGGUGCUCAACUCUCAUUACAUAUCGUCGGUGCAGAUGCCAAGCAGAUAUUCGAUGAACUUGAGCGAUGUGGUGUUUCCCUGGAUGUUCGUGGUGAUGUCAUUCGUGUAGCAGCUGUGCCGCUUUACAAUUCAUUUCUGGACGUCUAUCGAUUUGUGACGUUGUUGAAAAAUAUUCGAAUCUGA